GACUGGCUCAUUUGAAUCCAGUCAGGAAAGAGGAGAAGAUCCCCUGUUUCUCGGCAUUGAAGCUGAUAGUCUAUCUCAGCAUCCGAGAAACACUCCCGUGAACCGGACAUCAUUGGGAUCGGUGAUAGAGGGGGAAACAAGACUGUAGUUGAAAUACCACCGGAUAAACGGAGACGUAUCGAGGGAUUCUCAAGUAACGUUAGCGAAGUUCAGAACAAGUAGCUUCUAACGUCAGCUUUCUUUCAGAGGAGAAAGACAGACCGGGUGGUGAACAGUUGCCACAGGAGUAUCGCAGUAUUUUUCGGUAUAAAUCUGCCAAUUUGAAACCGCCAAUAAUGACCAGAAGUUCUUGUGCCAUUUACGCCACCGGCAUCGUGUGCGCGCAUCUACUCAUUUUGGGAAUCGCCCUGCUUGUGGCUCAAGUCUUCCAAACAAUGAUUCAAGAACGGAUAAAAAAGGAGAUCACACUGGGUCAGAACAGUCGAGUAUUGGAGGGCUGGAUGAACCCACCGCCUCCCGUUUACAUGCAGUAUUUCUUCUUUAAUAUUACCAAUCCAGACGAGUUCUUGGCUGGAAGAGAAAAGCCCAAAGUCACUCAGAUGGGACCGUAUACGUACAGGGAAUAUCGACCAAGGGAAAAUGUUACUUUCCUUGAAAACGGGACAAAAAUCUUUGCCACGAAUCCCAAGAGCUUUGUGUUUCUGCGAAACAUGUCCGUGGGAGAUCCCGAGGUUGACCAUGUGACAACAGUUAACAUUCCCUAUAUUGCCGUGAUGAACGAGUUGAAGUCCUACAACUUCUUCCUGAGGAGUGGCGUGUCUAUGAUGUUGGGUUCCAUGGGCAUUGAGGUGUUCACGAAUCGUACCAUCCACGAGAUGCUCUGGGGUUUCAAAGAUCCGCUGCUGACAAAACUCCACAACCUAAGACCAGAAGUGGAGGAGUAUUUUGGCCUUAUGUACAAUAAAAAUGGAACCCAUGAGGGAGAAUUUGUCUUCCACACCGGAGAGAAGAACUACAUGGACUAUGGAAAAAUUGACACGUGGAAUGGAAUAAGGCAGAUGAACUGGUGGUCCUCUAACCAGAGCAACAUGAUCAAUGGUACCGACGGCAGCGUCUUCCACACCUUCCUGUCCAGGAAAGAGCUCCUCUACAUCUUUGCUGCCGAUCUGUGCCGGUCCAUUCAUUUGUCAUACGUUAGCGACAAAGAGGUAAAGGGGAUACCUGCCUUCCGCUUCGCUCCUCCUUCAGAUGUUUUAGCCCCCCCCACUGAGAACCCCAGUAACGCCGGUUUUUGCGUACCUGCCGGGGAUUGCCUGGGAAAGGGAGUCCUGAAAGUCAGCGUUUGUCGACAAGGUGCUCCCAUUGUUGUGUCUUUCCCUCAUUUCUACCAAGCUGAUGAGGAAUACAUCAACGCCAUUGAAGGAAUGAACCCAAACGAAGAAGAGCACGAAACCUUCCUCGACAUCAACCCGACCACAGGGGUUCCGAUCCGUGCCUGCAAACGAGCUCAGCUUAACGUCAUCCUAAAAAGAGUCAGCGGCUUCCCUAAAACAAAAUUCCUGAAUGAUACGAUUUUCCCCAUCAUGUAUGUCAAUGAGACGGCAACUAUUGACGACGAGUCUGCUAACCAGAUGAGAACGCUUCUGUUGAUCGUAAUGCUGGUGUCCAACUUCCCUGUCAUCAUUGUGGGGCUGGGGGUCAUUUUACUCUUCGUCUUGAUCUUCCUGGUCUGCAGGAACCGCCAGAGAAAGAACGAAGUAAAACGUAUUGAUUUUACUGAGGCUUUUCAUUCUUUUGCUACGGCGAAAGACGAAACGGCUUACACCCAGGUCAGCAACCAAACGGAGGAGUCGCCCGAGAACCGCAGUCAGCCUUUAAGGAAUGGAUCUUAUAUCGCCAUGUCGCCAGUGGAGGCCCAAAAGUGUUGAUGAAGAUCCUCGACUCGUUUUAUGUGACUUUUCACUGUGCAAUUUGUCCUCGGGGGCCAGUCCCCAAACACCCACCUACGUCUGCUGAAGGCCACUCAGCAUAAGGUUGACUUUUUUGAGCGUGGCCUUUCCAACAUGCCAUAUCUUCAAACAAAAAGUUGCAUCCCGAAUCAGUUUCUGGAUAUAUCUGUUGCCUACUCAUGAGAGGCCUCGAUAAGCUCUCUUGCCUUCAAAAAGAACCAAUAUGCAUUGCACGCUCACAGAAUUCAGAGUUCCUUAAGGGGUCAUAAACCCUGGAGGGGCUUUCACUGGAGCUGCUGGAAACACUCAUGUCUAGGACCGUCUACGCUCUUAAAGCGAAUCUCUUCCCACACUACUGUACGCUUGUCUGCGCAGGCGGGCAUUGAACUAACAAAGCUCUUUAUUUGUCAAACCCUUUGAUAAUGAGCGGAUAAGUGCAAACUAUCGAUUUACCACCUCUAGGUGUAUUUAGAGGGAUAAAAGGUCUAAUAUGCUAAAAAAAACCUGGGUCCAAACCAGGACUUGUGUGUAUGAUUGUAUAUACCAGUGUGUGUGCUGUAUUUGUAUGUUAGCAGGCAAUGUCUAUGCUUGCAUGUUUUGUCACACUGUUGUGAACUGCUCGGGUGGGUCGCGGCCCGCCAUUUUGCAUGAUGCAGAGUGACAGGAAGUGGACACUAGUGACUUGAGCGGUCUUUCAUUUCACCCUCGCGUGUCACAUCCAGUGGCGUUUAGCGCCAAAUGAAUUCCCUCAACCUAGAAGCUUUGCAAAACCUAGAGUCAUCAUGCGUUGGCGUUUCGUCUUUUUUGUAAUGAAAGAACAUCAGAUGUAGAAAACUCACAAGUGGACUUGAAUCUUUUUCUGCCUUAAAAACACUUACGAACACAAAAUGUGAUCUUGCUGCGUGGCGACGGAAGGCACGUGACGGAACUCUUUCGAAAUCGCAUCGAAGAAAAACGUCAGCCUACCUCUGACAGAAGGGUUUUGCGAAUCGAUGUCAAGAAACGCGCCUCCCGUUUACAGCAAAAAGCGUCUGUUUUGAGAGCACAGCUACACUGAGCCCUGGGUUAAGACUUAGCAGGUUUAGAGUUAUCAGUGACGUUUGCACAUGUUUUUUCUGUGCGCUGGGCAAGAGACUUUAGCACUUGAAUUACGCGCAUCUGAGUUUUCUUCGUGCCGUCUGCGUCGAUCAGAGCCUUGACUAUUGCUUCUAAAUGCAUUGAGGCCAUAUAUACAUCAAAAGGAUGUGAUGACUGCACACUUUUUAUACGCUCAUGCAUUUGUUUUGCAUUGCCAUGACCCAUGUUAUUUUAUGGCCAUUGUUUUGAAAAUGUGUGUAUUUUGGAAGCAUUGAAAACAAAUCCGAUGCCAAGCAGUGGUUAGAAAGAUGAAGAUUUGUAGUUACCUGACGUAAAAUGAUCUGUUACGUGCCGCAGUCGAGGGUUCUGUGGAUCUCGGCGCACAUUGUGGCACACAUUUCAUGCCACAGUUUUUCUAAUCGUAAAUAUUUAGCAUAAGGUUAAAACUGAAACGGAGGAAAAGUAGUUCAAGGUUUAUUGUAACUGACCUCCAGUCAAUUACAAAAUCUUGCUGUUAGCACACAGGAAUAUAUUUGGUAGAAAAAUGGCUUUGCUUUGUUGUUCAGCUUUCUGCUGGACCGUGUGACAUAAGAUCUACAACAUGAGCCAUUUCUGCACGGUUACCAGAUUCCUUUCGGUGACUUUCGAAACGUGUUGCCCCUUGUUCACCUCCCUAUACGCUUGACCAAAGAUACAUUGGUUUGGUAGAUAACUGGUUUGUUUACUUUCCACAGUGAUAUGUACAGUGCCAUCGAUUUACCAUUUACAAACGCAUCACGGCCCUCAUCAUCUAUAAGGGCGAAUUGGGAAAAGAUGUGAUUUAAAAGUCACACGAUAUUUUCCAGGACAUACUAUGUGAGUUUAUAAUAUGUUAGAUACUGCAAAGAACUUAAAAUAUAAAGUGUUGCCACAGUGUGCACAUAAACUCUCAGUAUUAUGUAUUGACACAGCAAUACAAGAAUAUGUACAAAGCAAAUUUUAUAAUGAAGUGAAAAAGGUUUUGUAAUCAGACAAACAAUAUUUAUGUAUUCAUAUGUUCAACGGUAUGUACAUUAACAGAAUUUUUAAGGUCUUUCCUUUGGUCCUUUUCAUUUCUAUAUAUAUUUUUAAUUAUUUUCUAAUAUUCAAGUGGGGUCCUAAAGCACAUUUGUUUCCUUCUUCCCUUUCCUCUUACACAGAUUUAUGAAGUAGUACCAAGUGAAUAUUGUGCUAAAUCCAAGAUUGAACAGUGUACAUGCUGGUGAAAUUGUAAUUUUGAGAAAGGCUUGUGUUGUAACUGUGGGGUUUGAGCCGAUCGUGUGUAAUGAUCUCAUGUUAUACGACCUUCUCAAGCUCACUGUUUUGUCCAACUGGAAUAACAAAGGGAAGGCUGAGUGUCUUUGACUUCUGUUUAGGGAGAUUGCUGUGGUGCCACAUCGGAACAAGGGAAGUUUCCUUGGCAAUCUAACCUCUUUUAUCUUAGAUGAAUGAUGCCCUCCUACAGGCAUGAGCGGUUGGUGCCAUACCACCCUGUUUAUUUCAUUUGCUUUAGUAGCAUUAUUUCUUUCUGCGUUCAUUUCAGAGCUGGCAAAUUUAGCGCCCCGGCAUCUUUCAGGGUGGACUUAAAAACACUGAACAUUUCAUCUUCUCCUGAGAUGUGUUUUUGCUGCUGAGAAUGACAAUCCCUGUGUCAUGUUAGGUGCAGAAUCAUUUCGAGUAAUGUUCACUUUUACUUAUGAUAAUUUACACUGCACAAAUCUUUCUACAAUGCUUUUGUAACUAUUUUUAGUGUUAUUUUCGAAAAUAAACAAA